GGCGGCGGCACUUCCGGUGCCCACGCGCCGCCGCCGCGCAGCUCUGGGGCCGUCACUUUGUGUAGCGCGGGGCGCGCAGGCCCGACCCGGCCCGGCCCGGUGGUGGCGGCGGCGGCUCGGCUCGGCCGGCGCGCGGCCGAGCUGAGGCUUGCUUCCAGAGAAGAUGGCAGCCCUUCACACGGCUCCAGACUCCCCAGCUGCCCUGCUGGAGAGGGCCGAGCAUGGGUCGGAAUGUGAUCCUGAUCAGGAGGAAGAGGAGGAGGAGGAGAUAGCGGUGGAAGAAGCGGAGGACGAGGCUGUGGAGGAGCUGGAAGCGGAGGCGGCAGAGGGGCAGGCGGAGGUGGAGGCGGCCGAGGGUGUAGCAGAGGUGGUGGCAGAGGAGCAGAGUGAGGCGCUGGGGACCCAGGAGCACCUUGGCUGUGGUGGUCACACCAAGUCCCCAGGUCUUCAGGAAAAGGCCCUGCAGACCUCUCAGGUGCCAGCCACACCCGGGGACGAGGACCUGGAGGAGGACGAAGAGGAGGAUGAGGAGGAGGAGGAUGACGACGAUGAUGAUUCCCUGACAGCAGGGUCUCAGGGGCUGGUGACUUUUGAAGAUGUGGCUGUGUACUUCUCCCUGGAGGAGUGGGAGAGGCUGGAUGCAGCUCAGCGGGACCUCUACAAGGAAGUGAUGCAGGAGAACUAUGGGAUCCUGGUGUCCUUGGGAUACCCAAUCCCCAAGCCAGAUCUGAUCUUCCGGCUGGAACAAGGAGAAGAACCUUGGGUCCCAGAUAGUCCCCGUCCUGAGGAGGGAGACAUUGUCACUGGCGUCUACACAGGGGCCUGGUUCUGGACCGACGACAUAGAGGACCACGAGGAGGAAGACGACGAGGACUUCCUGGCGGAGGUGGCUGAGGAGGAGAACGAACCCCCCGGACUGUGGUCCGCGGCGUACGGCGUGGGAGACGUGCCUGGGACGUGGGGCCCGGACGACUCGGAUUCAGCGCAGACUCCUGAGGGGUGGGGACCCGACCCCGGCGGCCUCGGGGUCCUGGCGGAGGGGUCCGAGGCCAAGCCGUUCCUGCCUGGCCGGGAGCCGGGCGCGAACCUGCUGGCGCCCUGGGCGUUCCCAGCCGCCCUGGCCGCUCCGGACGGGCGGCCCGAGACCACGUGCGACGUGUGCGGCAAAGUGUUCCCGCACCGGUCCCGGCUGGCCAAGCACCAGCGCUACCACGCGGCCGUCAAGCCCUUCGGCUGCGACGAGUGCGGCAAGGGCUUCGUGUACCGCUCGCACCUGGCCAUCCACCAGCGCACGCACACCGGCGAGAAGCCCUUCCCGUGCCCCGACUGCGGCAAGCGCUUCGUCUACAAGUCGCACCUGGUCACGCACCGGCGCAUCCACACGGGCGAGCGGCCCUACCGCUGCGCCUUCUGCGGCGCGGGCUUCGGGCGCCGCUCGUACCUGGUCACGCACCAGCGCACGCACACGGGCGAGCGGCCCUACCCGUGCCCGCACUGCGGCCGCAGCUUCAGCCAGAGCUCGGCGCUCGCGCGGCACCAGGCGGUGCACACGGCCGACCGGCCGCACUGCUGCCCCGACUGCGGCCAGGCCUUCCGUCUCCGCGCCGACUUCCAGCGCCACCGGCGCGGCGGCGGCUGCGCGGAGCCCGGCGGCGACGGCCCUCGGCGGGAGCCCUGCGAGCCGGGGCCCGCGGCGGGGCCCGAGGAGGCCGAGGCCGUGCCCGAGGAGCCUGAGGCCAGCGAGGCGGACGGAGAGGCCGAAGCCGAGGCCAGAGAGGCUUCGGCGGCGGCGGAGGAGGCGCCCACCCCCGGGGGCAAGGAGGACCCCGAGCCCGACAGGCGGUUCCUGGAGCUGGGCAACGGCCUGGGGGAGGGCGAAGGCCCUUCUUCGCACCCGCUCGGCUUCCACUUCCCCGCGCACCCUAAGUCUUGGCUCCACCCGGACGGCUUCCCGAUCCUGGGCCUCCCGGACUUCGGGGAGCGGCUGCCGGCCGACGGGCGCCCCCUGCCCGGGCCCCUGGGGGCGCGGCUCUCCCUGGUGGAGGGCGCGGGGCUGGCCUGCGACCCUUUCGGCGGCGGCGGCGCCGGGGGCGGCGGCGGCCUGCGCGCGUUCGGGCCCGCCGUCGGGGUGCUGGCCGAGCCGGCGCCCGCCGCGCUGGCCGAGGAGGAGAGCCCGUGGAUCUGCUCCGACUGCGGCAAGACGUUCGGGCGCCGCGCCGCGCUGGCCAAGCACCAGCGCUACCACGCGGGCGAGCGGCCGCACCGCUGCGCCGACUGCGGCAAGAGCUUCGUGUACGGCUCGCACCUGGCGCGCCACCGGCGCACGCACACGGGCGAGCGGCCCUUCCCGUGCCCCGAGUGCGGCGCGCGCUUCGCCCGCGGCUCGCACCUGGCGGCGCACGUGCGCGGCCACACCGGCGAGAAGCCCUUCGUGUGCGGCGUGUGCGGCGCGGGCUUCAGCCGGCGCGCGCACCUGACGGCGCACGGGCGCGCGCACACGGGCGAGCGGCCCUACGCGUGCGGCGAGUGCGGCCGGCGCUUCGGGCAGAGCGCGGCGCUGACGCGGCACCAGUGGGCGCACGCCGAGGAGAAGCCGCACCGCUGCCCCGACUGCGGCAAGGGCUUCGGCCACAGCUCGGACUUCAAGCGGCAUCGGCGCACGCACACGGGCGAGAAGCCCUUCCGCUGCAGCGACUGCGGCCGCGGCUUCGCGCAGCGCUCCAACCUGGCCAAGCACCGGCGCGGCCACACGGGCGAGCGGCCCUUCCCGUGCCCCGAGUGCGGCAAGCGCUUCUCGCAGCGCUCGGUGCUCGUGACGCACCAGCGCACGCACACGGGCGAGCGGCCCUACGCCUGCGCCAACUGCGGCCGCCGCUUCUCGCAGAGCUCGCACCUGCUCACCCACAUGAAGACGCACCGCGGCGCCGCCGGCGCGCCCGGCUCGGCGGCGCCCGCGGCCCCGGCGCCCAAGGCCGAGGCGCCCGCCAAGGGGCCGCCGGGCGCGGGCGCGGGCUCCGGGCCGGGGGAGCGCGGCAGCACCCUGCUGGAGUUCGCGGGCGGGACGAGCUUCGGCUCCGAGCCGGCGGCUGCGUUCGCGGGGCCCUCGAGCGCCUACGAGGAGAGCAUCCUGUGAAGGCCGAGGCGGACGGAGGUGCGGCCCGCUAGGCCGCCGGCCCCUCCCCGGGGCGGCUCGGGCGCCGGCCGCUGCGCGCCCGCCCCUCGCUCCUCUGGCCUCGGGGGCUGAGGGUCCCAGUCCGGUGCGGUGCCUUCCCCUCAGCCCCGGUGCUCGCCCCCUGGCCUCGGGCUUCCCUCCUGCCCGGCGCACGGAGCCGGGCCGCCGAGCUCGUAAGGCCGCGUGGGGGGCGCAUGGGGAGAGGAGCGCCGCGCGGAGGCGGCGAGGGCAGGGGACGGCCACCCCGGAAAGACUGCGACAUCCCUGGGUCUGUGCUGUGAAGCCAAGCGGUAGGGAUGGCAAGCGAUGUUAUUUAUUUUACUCGGAAUUCGAUUUAGGUGGCCCGGGGGAAAGGUGGCUUAUGAGUUUGGAACUGGGUUUUACAGCGAGGGAGGGGAAGCCCUUGCGUCAAGGGGAGGGUGGGGUGGUCGAGGGCAGAGGAUCUGGCUGCUCCGGUGGGUUUGGCAGACGACUUCUUUCCAUUCCUCAGUGGGAGACUUCAGGGACCUUUUGGUUAUUUGAGCAUGUCCGGAAAGUUCUAAGUCGUGUGCGCGUGUCGAGGGGAUGCCUUGAGGGUUUCCAAAGGCCCGUGUUCCUCCCUAACCCAGAGGGCGGAGAGCUUGCAUUCUGUUGGCUGUGGAUGUUUAUUUCCAUCUCGUGUAUAGGCUGAAGAAUCUGGGAGGAGGAGAAAAACCCAGAAACCAAAUUGGUGGCCCCGGGCGGAUGGGUUGCAGUUGGAAGGGUCCCGAGGGAGCUUGAAGCCUUAUUCUCGGAGUCGCUCACUCCCCGCACCCCACUUGAGCACCGAGGUCAGCCAGGCGCUAGUCACGCCGGUCAAUUUGUCUCAGCCUCCCUUUUGAGUCCUUUGGUACCCUGACCUUGGGUAGCGGGAGGUGGCAUACUCAGCCUUGGGGACCCCAGCCUUCAACUCCCGGGGCUGCCACCUUUCCAGGAGUAGGUGGACACGUGGGGCUGUGCCCUUCUGAGCCCAGCGCUGUUUAGAUUGAAUAAGCAAUUGUAAAGUGACUGAGGUGGGUAGCAGGAUCAUUUCUUACAUCCCAUUAGGGCCUUAUGAUGUCUGCAGGUCCCUUUAACUCGGCUUCUGUCAUUAUCCUACACUAGAAGCAAGUAGUGUUUCUGUUAAGAUUCCCGUUCCACAGAGCAGGCAGUCUGCACAGUGGGGUCCACCUCGGGGGUGUGGACCUGAGCCCGGGGCUCAAUGACAAACCGAACACCCAACUAUGCAAGGCCUACACCUGGCCGCACCACAUGCUCUGGGCUGGGCCGUGGGGAGCCAGCGGGCAGGCAGCUGGGGCACGGCUCAUGCGAGACUCCCCUCCCUUAAUGCCCUUUGGGCCAUGUGAGUGGGGCCAGAAAACUGAGAUUCAGAAGCAGUUGCAUUCCCUUCUAGACCUUGUUCCGUCUGUUUUAGCGUAGACAUGGCCUUGGGGCCUGAGGCCUUGGCUGCUGGGGCUGGGGGCGGGGUAGGAGGCAGAGUAGUCAAGGGUGGGAAGAGGGCGUGGAUGGUGGUGGCAAGGAGGAGGCUGGCUGGGUGAGGUGGCGGGUGGGGUGGGGUGGUGAGGAGGGCAGGGGCCCGGGGGAGGCAUCAGCAGUGCUGGGGGAUGUCCCCUCUGUCCCUGGUUUGUCUUCUCUCCCUGUGGGACAGGAGCCUCAGAAAGGGCCAAGGGCAAGGUGGGCUAGCCUCGCACGGCCAGGGUCUGGCUCCGUGCCCAUCCUCCUGAUACGGCCCUCGAGUGCAUACCCUCGGGGCCCCUUCUGGGCCCCCCCUGCUACUGCCUUGUGUGAAGCUGUCGGCAGGAGGGCCUAGCUUUAAUAAAGAGUGGAGAAAUGCGC